AUGGCAACAGAAGGACAUAACGUUGAUGCAACGUUGUUAGCAGUUGGCCGUGAUCAUGGCCAUUACUUUGUUCGCAAAACAUUUGGUAAACCAACAUAUUGUCAUCACUGUUGUGACAAAAUAUGGGGAAUGCUUACACAAGGAUAUGCUUGCGAGGUUUGCAAUUUCAUAUGUCACGACAAGUGUAUGAAAACGGUUGUUUCAUUUUGUAGUGGUGUCGCCUUGCAAUUGAUAAAGAAUCCUGUCGCUCACUCAUGGUCUGAACCGUCACAUAUCAAGCGAAGAUUUUGUUGCGUUUGCCGCAAAAAAACUGAUGAUUCAGUAGCUGUUGAAUGUGAGGUUUGUGAAUAUUACGUGCACGUUGAUUGUCACGAUUUAGCAGUAAGUGACUGCAAGGAAGCUGCUACAUAUGUACCUAAUUUGGAUAAGAGCAAGCAGGCGCAAUACCAUCAUAUGAGGGAAGGCAAUAUACCGCGUGAUUCUAAGUGUGUCGUAUGUGGAAAAGCUUGUUGGUCUUACGAAUGCUUGGCCGGUAUGAAAUGCGGCUGGUGCUCUGCUACGGCUCAUGCUAUCUGUUAUCGUCAAAUGUCUCUUGAGUGCGAUUUUGGUACUUUGAGGAAGAUUAUGUUGCCACCCAAUGCACUGACAACUCCAAGAACGGAACUCCCAAUGAAACAAUUGCUUAAUAUUCAAGGAGCUCAUCUGGAAGGUUUUAAUCAGCAACCGUCAUCACUAGCGAAAACACACCUGGAAGAUUCCGAAUUGAGUUCAUCGGAUGAAGUAAAAGAAAAAGAGGACUACGAAAAUUUGCGUGUUUUUGAUGGUAAUAGGUCUCUUAGGAAACACGAGUAUCGUACUGUCACCGUACCAAAAACAGCUUCGCUGCAACAAAUACGAGACGUGGCACUCAGGAGGUUCCAUAUCAGUGACAAUCCUGAUUGUUAUUAUAUCACACAAGUGCUCAAUGACAGUGGCGAGGAAGAACUGCUUGAAGAUCCGUUGCCACUAAGAAAUGUACGGCGGCCGGAAGGACGUCGUGCACAAAUUUUCCUUCGUUACAAAGAUGACCCUGAAAAAGCAGUUGUUAAAUUAUAUGGUGGUUGGCUUAGAGUACCACUAACGUUCUGUUUGCUGUCAGUUACAAAAGAAACGCUGGUUCAGGAUGCGGUGGCAGAAGCGCUGGAUCGAUUUGGUUUGGAUCGAAAUUCAGCUAAUCGUUAUAAUUUAAUUGAAGUUUCACUUGAUCUUGGUGUUGCUGAAAGAACUGCGAAUCCACAAGAGAAUAUGUUGCAGCUUGUGCGAAAUUUAAGAAAAGAUUCCUUACGACGUUAUAACGUCGUUCGUUUUUAUGUACAAGAAAAAGAGGAUCCACAUGAUCACGCUAUUUUUGUUGCCAAUUUACCGCUUUCAUUAGCUCAAAGGCAAUAUGAAAGAAUUCUUUUACGACUAUUGGGUGCUAAAGAAAAGCCUUUCACUACUAUUGGACCAAUAUAUUUUGAAUAUGGCUCACUAGUGGUUACAUUCAAUACAGCAAAAGCUGCAACGUCAGCUGUGCAACGCCUUCAUAAUGCGGUUUACGAAGAAAAGAAAUUAAUAGUACUUUGUCUUCCGAAUGUGCAGCCCCACAUGUUAUCACCGGAUUGCGAACCUCUUCUGGUACUUGUGAAUGUUAAAAGCGGUGGUUGUCAGGGUAGUGAAUUGAUUAAAGCAUUCAGACGAUUGUUGAAUCCUUUCCAAGUAUUCGAUGUAUUAAAAGGUGGUCCAUUAGUUGGAUUGUAUGUUUUUCGGAAUGUCCCAAAAUAUAAGAUUUUGGCUUGCGGUGGCGAUGGUACCAUUGGCUGGGUUUUACAGUGCUUAGAUAUUGCCAAGCAGGAUGCUGCAUGUUUUUCUCCACCAUGUGGUAUUGUUCCACUUGGUACUGGUAACGAUUUGGCAAGAGUUUUACGAUGGGGUGGUGGUUAUGGCGGUGAGGAGAACCCUAUGGAUAUUCUUCGAGAUGUUAUUGAGGCUGAGGAAGUAAGCUUAGAUAGAUGGGCAGUAGUUUUUCACGAAGAAGAAUGUUCACAACCGCCAACAACAUCUAGUGUUGAACCGAGUCCGGAUGUAGAACAAAUGAUGAACAAUCCUGAGGACCAAACUUCAAUGAUUAUAAUGAAUAAUUAUUUUGGAAUUGGAAUUGAUGCAGAUGUCUGUUUGCAAUUUCAUAAUAAGAGGGAUGCGAAUCCAGCAAAAUUCAGUUCACGUUUGUUCAAUAAAACGCAGUAUGUAAAAAUCGGUUUACAAAAAGCGUUCUUUGAAAGGACAUGUAAGGAUCUUUGGAGACGGGUCGAAUUAGAAGUGGAUGGUAAAAUAAUCGAAUUGCCAUGCAUAGAGGGUAUCAUCGUGUUAAACUUGCUUAGUUGGGGGAGUGGAGCAAAUCCUUGGGGGACAGCAAAGGAAGAGGGACAAUUUCAAAAGCCGACACAUUACGAUGGACUACUUGAAGUAGUUGGCAUUUCGGAUGUCUCUCGACUAGGUCUCAUUCAGUCCAAACUAUCUGCCGGUAUAAGAAUUGCUCAAGGAGGAAGUAUACGAAUCACAACACAUGAAGAGUGGCCAGUACAAGUAGAUGGUGAACCACACAUACAACCGCCUGGUACUAUAACAAUUCUAAAGUCUGCCCUUAAAGCUAAAAUGCUGAAGAAAGCAAAGAAAUCACGUCGCAGCAUAACAUCCUCCACGACAAAUGCAACGGCUCGGCCAGUGAGGAGUGAAGCUUCAUUGUCUUCAUCGCGGGUUCAUCCUCGUUUAUUCCUAAAUAUUGAUUCUGGUCCACUGAUACACGAGAGAAGUGCAUCCGAUGAACCGCUUUCGGCUUGUGCAAAUGGCGAUGAUGAUGAUGAGGAAGGCGAUGCUUUCUUAUGA